AGCGACGCAGCGGCAGCGGCCCCGGCUGAGCGCAUCCCUUCUCGCCCAUGCCAGGUGUCCUUUCCCGGCUGCGACGUGACUGAGGAGCGAUGGGGCCUCUGCGGGAGAGCAGCAAGGAGCAGAAGACGCAGCUGGAGAAGGAGGUGUCCCGCAGCCGCAUCCCCCGCCUGGUCCUCCGCCCGCAGCAGAAGACAUCCCCCCCUUCCGAGUCGCCCUUUUCGGAAGAGGAAAGCCGGGAAUUCAACCCGCCCAGUUCCUCCGCGGGUUCCCGCAGGACCGUCAGCAGCAACAGCUUCUGCUCAGAUGACACUGGCUGUCCCAGUAGCCAGUCAGUAUCUCCGGUGAAGACUCCUUCUGAGGCUGGGAACAGUCCUAUCAGUUUUUGUACUGGUAGUGAUGGAGACUUCUGCAGGAAGAAAUUCAGUCCAGGAUCAACAAGUGAAGGCAACCCACAGCUGAGUCGAUCUAAGAAGGAGACAAAGACAAGCUUUGUAAAGCCUGGCAGUGAAGCUGAUUUUAGCUCUUCAGGCAGCACGGGCAGUAUUUCAGCACCUGAAGUCCAUCUGUCUGCUGCUGGAAGCAAGAAAUCUUCUUUCUCUCGCAAUCGUGGCCCUUAUGGUCGGAAUAAUGGAUCCUUAUCCUACAAGCCUGGAGCCAGCCCACUUGCUUCCCGUGAAAAGGACCCUUUGCCAACACUGUGCAAAAACCAGCUGAGUCCUCCUACUAUCCAUCAGAGUUACAGGGCUUCUUCAGUGAGCAGCAGCAACUCAGGCUCAUACAAAGGAAGCAACAGCAGCCCAGUGAUGAGGCGAUCAGGAAGGUACAGUAAUUCUUGUGACAAUCACAACAUUAAGUCACAAAGUCCAGAGCAGUAUUUGACACCUCUGCAGCAGAAAGAAGUCACAGUAAGGCAUUUGAAAACCAAGCUGAAGGAAUCUGAGAGCAAACUCAAAGAAAGGGAAAAAGAAAUGGAAGAGCUAAAAGCUCAGCUGGGACGGAUGAGGGAAGACUGGAUUGAAGAAGAGUGUAAUCGUGUGGAGGCAGAGCUGGCCUUAAAGGAAGCAAAAAGUGAAAUUAAACAACUUAAGGUUGUAAUUGAAACCAUGAAAAACAGCAUGGCUGAGAAAGACAAAAAAAUGCAGAAAUAUUUCCUAGACAUAAACAUUCAAAACAAGAAACUGGAAUCUUUGCUGCAGAGCAUGGAGGUGGCUCAGCACAGCUUUGUGCAGGAUGAGCAGCACCUAGACUACACGUGUGACUUGGAAGGGAAGCCAUUAGCCAUGAUACCAGACAGCCUCAUCACUGGGGAGCAAGCUCUGGAGGAAGUGGCAGAUAGUGGACUGCUUCUUAAUGAGGACACAGCUAAUGAGUCUGAUUCAUGUGAAGAGAGUUUGACCACCAGAACCUCCGCACUGAGUGAUCCAGUUCCCUCCAAUCCUGCUGUGCAUAAAGAGAUGCUUGAAAAUGCUCUGGAUGAAAAACUAGCUUUCCUCCAGGAGGAGGAGAAAAGCAUCAAUGUGAUGGUGGAAAAGGCCAUCCAGACUGACGUGGUGCCAUAUAGCCUGGAUGUGGAGCAGUUCUUCCAAAGCAUCUUCAGUGCUCAAGAUACCUAUCCUCUAAGCCCACCUUCUUCACUGAAGGAGCUGGAUGAGUUUUCUCUUGGAAGCUUCACCGAUUCUGCUAUCGCAGUGGACUUAACUCCGAGUGAUCCAAACUCUGUCAUCCUUUUGUCUCCCAUGGAGUCUCCAUGCCGAUUGGUGCAGCACAGAGUUAAUGAAAACCGUUUCAUGAAAGAACUUGAUUUCAUAGACCCUCCUGAUGAUGAAGCCUUUAGGUCUGCCCAUACUUCCUCUCAGGUAGACACCAAGAGGAGCUACUGGAGCAGCAGUCCCCUCACAGAUGUUCUAGCUCUAGCAGUCCCUUUUAUGCCAACCAUCAUGUGGGCUUUCAGUACCCACAGAGGAGGCACAGAGCCCAUUUACAAUAUUGGCACAUUGCUUCGUGGCUGCUGCCUGGUGGCCCUGUGCUCUUUACGCUGUACACCCUUCCCUACCAAAAUUUAAAGUCCGCUCUGUCCCUGAUGCUAUCUCCCUGAGACAGAGAGGAAUAGGGAUAAGAUAGGUCCUUAAACUAUUGUAGAUUCUUUAAGAGUUCAUAAUUUUGCUUUUCACUAUUUGAUUUGCACUAUAAAUUGUUUCAGAGAUAUGUUCCUUGUUCAAAUAAAUAGCUGAAUUCUGUACUUCC